GGGAGACCGGGAAACAGUAUGCGUGGUGUCAGUGUAAAUGGAACAAAGCUGCUUAAGUGGUGGGGGAGACAAUAUUUAUAUAUCUAUACAUAUAUGAGUUGUUGAUUUUCAUUCGUAUGGAAUGGAGAAAGCAGUACUGCUCUGAAGUUGAGUAUUUACACAGUAACCAUUAAUUUGCUGCAGAAUUCAUCAAUUUCCAAAUCCCUAGUGGAAAUGUCUGUAAUCCGAUAAUGUCAACACAGCAUGACCAUGGUGGCAGCAUAACUCAGAUACUGGGCCAUAAGCAGUUUUAUACUAAUAAAGGCACCUCAUCAGUAAUGAGUCAGUUUCCAGUGAGAUCCAGACCUUCUUGGCAAAGUUUCAGCAGUUAUGGAGCAGAACCUGAUAAGGGUCUAUUAGUCACACAUGUCAACCAAACUCAAGACUUGCUGAGACUACAAGGUAAAGAAGCCCCAGUGAGUAACCUACUGACCUCCGAAGAAUGGCUGCAGCACUACAGCUUGGAGAGCAUGAAGCUAACCAUAGAUGACCUCCUCAGUAAAGGCACCAUUACUGUAAAUCCUGACAACAAGAAUUUGAACCACAUCCAAUUUUAUCCCUCAAUACUAGAUGACUUUGAAUCAAGUGUGUGUGAAACUAUUGAACUAUACCAUAAUCGGAUGAGGUGGCUGAUGGAAGGUAGCAGAAAGAUGUUUGGUCUGCUAAAAGGGACUCGAGUAGGGAUUGUAGUAGAUACAUCUGAUGGCAAUUGUGGAUUUGGAAGACUGCAGGAUUUUCAAAGACGACUUUUGUGUUUAAUAGACGAGCAGCUGUCUUACAAGAAACAACUUUAUCUACUAUCUGUAAACACUGAUAUCUCUGCUCCUUGGCAAUGUGCAAGAGACAUAAAUGUGAGGAUCCUUCAUGAAGCACGACAGUGGGUGCAACAGCUACAGCCUGGUGGGGGCUGCAACCUUUUAAAAGCCAUGAAAAAAGUGCUACAAAUGAAAGAACUGGAUUCAUUGGUUGUCAUUAUAGGUUCAAGCCUUGAUCAGACUCCCGAGAUUUUAUCAGACUACAUUGAACAGUGCCUGCUUGGAAGGAGCAUCCCACUCCACAUGGUCACAUAUGACUGCAGCAAUCAUCUAACACAUAAUGCAUCAAAGAAAUUGGCGGAAAUUUCAGGAGGACGUUACCAUUAUUAUUCUUCUGUUAAUGAGGAUCAGUCUUAUGCUAAUAGUGAUCUAUGGCUUCUGCUGGCUGAAUCUCAGAAAGCUGUAGAUGUUUUGAAUAAGAUCAAAGAACUGCGAGAGGGAAUGAUAAGUGAAAUUCUUGCCAACCGAAUGCAAGAGAUUUCUUCUGAGGUUGCAAAGAUACCACCUACUCAUUUUCUUCCACGACCCCCAAAUCAUGAUGGACCUCUCGGUAUUGAAAUGCCAGAAUUUCAAGCCAAAACAUCAGAAGACUGGCUAAAGAAAAACAGUCUGAAAGCUAAGAAACUUAGCCUUUAUCAGGUGUUGGCUCCAAAUGCAUUCUCCCUUAUAGAGGAAUUUGUACCUGUCCUUCAAAGAACAGUAUCAUCAACACUGCAUGAGAAGGCGAUGUUGCAGUUUGAAUGGCAUGAUGGCACAGUGAAACAUUUACAUGUGGAUCCACCAUCUUUAUAUGAUUACCAGAAGAAGCUCAGCCAGAUGGUGAAAGUGUACGAAAAAAGAGUUGACUGGCUUUCAUCUAGCAGUAGAACAAUAUGGGGCACAGUGACUGAAAAGAGGGUGAUUUUGCUUGUUGAUCUCUCAGUCACAAAUUCCAUGUACAUCAUCCACAUUCAACAUUCCCUCCGCCUUGUUCUGGAACAACAGAUGGCCAACAAGGAGCUGUUUAAUAUCAUUGGAUUUGGAUCUGAAACUGAAGAAUGGCAGCCACAAAUGGUUCCCCCAACUGCAGAAAACUUGCAAGAUGCCUGGAAAUGGAUUCUGACCCUGCAGUGUAAAGGCAGCAGGAAUGUGAUGGCUGCAUUGAAGAAAGCAAUAGAGGUUCAUUUCGAAGACAGAGACCAUAAGGAAUCACAAGGCAUCUACUUGUUCACAAGUGGAGUCCCUGAUCAAGAGAAGCAUGCUGUCAGUUCCUUUAUCGCAGAAAUAUGUGGUGGAUGUGACCUACAAGUACACAUUUGUCUCUUCAGUAUUAAAGAUUUUGAUUUUAAUGGGACAGUUCCUGCCCGCUAUGCAACUCCAAGUGAAACAGCGAUCAUUCUGAAAGAAAUAUCACAUUCUGGUAAUGGCAGAUUCCACUGGUUUAGAGAAACAGGCAUCAUUGAAAGUGAUGAUAUUGAUAUUAUAUUGUCUGAAAUGGAAAAAGCUGCCAACUACUCUCAAAAGUGUUAUCUUUUACUUGAAUCCUUAAAAGAACGUUCUGGAAAACAUAAAGGUAAUAAGCAUUGCCUGGAAAAGGACUUGAAGAUGCUUGUUCAAAAAAGCAGUCCACAGAAAUUGCUUCCACCAAAACCUACAGCACUCACCUUGUCUAGAAUGAAUGCAAAAGAAGACCAAACUGAGAAGAGCAAUUCAGCAGUCAAAGCUCUGACUUGGCGUCCUAACAGUGGUAAAGCUACAAUCCCACCAGUGCAGCCUUUUAAAGCAUGGGUCCAGAAUGCGGGAGAAAAGGAAAUUAAACAGAAGAAACAACCAAAAACCUCAUUCUCUUUGUUUUAUGUGGAUACACAAUCAAAUGUGGGAAUGGUAUACAAAACAUAUCCAAGCAAGAAGAGUGUAAGAAUAUCUAUUCCCUUUGCUGCAUUACCAAAAGAUGAAGAAAUAUGUUCAACAAAAGAGUGGAUGAAAAAGUAUGGCCUGAAGAAGCUGAAACUAGAUCUCCACAGACUAGUGUCUGGGCCCUUGUGCUCACAUAAGAAGAACUUGGUGCAGUCCCUGAAUAAGAAGGUUUCUGCAAAGUACUGUACAAUCUUCCCCAGUGUGGAAGUUAAUGGUGUUGUGAGGCAUCUGCACUUUCAGCCAAAAGAAAUAGAAGAAUACAUGGAACAAAUACAGAGAGUUUUAAAACGUUAUAUACAGCGAAUGCAAUGGCUACUAUCAGGAAGUCGUUGUUUAUUUGGAACUGUCUUAGAGAAGAAAGUUUGUAUUUUGCUUGAUACUUCAGGUUCUAUGGAUCCAUAUAUGUCAAAUGUCAAGAAGGAGCUAACUUCUCUGAUAUGGGAACAGCUGAGAACUAAUUGUAUCAGUUUUAGCCUAAUAACCUUUUCUGAGUCUGUUGCCAUGUGGCAAGACUGCCUAGUGGAGGCUUCUGAUGAAGCAUGCCAUGAUGCCGUGCAGUGGCUAGCAAGGGUCAGAACUCAUGGUAAUACAUGUACUCUUGAGGCAAUACAGAAAGCCUUUGAGUUUGAAAAUAUUCAAGGCAUCUAUCUUCUGACUGAUGGGAAGCCAGAUACCAGCUGCAGUUUAGUUCUGAAAGAAGCUGACAAUUUGCUAAAAGGACGUAAAGUUAAGAUUCACACCAUUUCUUUCAACUGCUCUGACAGCACUGCUAAUGAAUUCCUGAAGAAGUUAGCAGCACAAACUGGUGGCCGUUAUCAUCACUGCCAUGGAGAUGUCGAUGGACACUUUGCAGCUUACAGGAUGUUGAAAGAAGGCUUCUCUAGUGAAGAUGAUCCAGUUCUUCCAGCAUUUGAAGGAGAUGAUUUAAAGAGACUUGCUGAAGAAAUAGAUAAAGCAAGACAUUUCCUAAGACAAGCUCGAUCUUUUAGGUCUUUACUUUUGGAAAGACAGAUGAAAUCUGACCAAGUAUGAGACACCAGAAUAUUACGGAAUCUGAAUGCUUGUAUCAGCCGACUGCUGAAAGGAAGCCAUGUUGUUGAGAGAUUGCUGUUGUGUCCUGCUGUUUUUGGAGAUCAGUGACUGUUUGGAUUUUUCUUAGGCAUACAUGGGAAUUAAACCAGUUAAUGCACCAGAUGACAGUAUCUGAUACCUGGAAAUGAAGCUAGAUAAUGCACCAAAUGACAGUAUCAUUAAAGCUACUGUGGUAAUGGAUCCCAUCCUUUGUUAAUACAUUAUAUGUAUACAAAAAUAUGUAUAUUUUACUAGCAGCUAAAAAGAGAAUGCUACUAUUUUUACCUGUCUGGAUAACAUUAUAUGUUAUAUUUUGUAUACAUUUGACAUUAUACUGAUUAGACAAUAAAAAUAAUCCUCUUUCCUGCACAAUAUAUAGAGAGGUUUACUUUUCUACAAAUAUGAAAACAAAAAAAUAAGUCUUCAUUUGUAUUGCAUUUUGAAUACAUACUUUUUUAACAUUGUCUUGCCAAGUAUAUUUUUUCUCAUAAUCCUCAGUUCUGUUUGCUGCCAUUAUAACCAAGGAAUGGUAUAAUGAAAUGCAACAGUAUUCUUCUGUUAUCAGACGCACUCAAAAUAGAUGUUUUCAAUAUGAGUCUUUAUGCUUUACUUGUUGUGUUUCUCUCUGCCGUCUGAAACUAGAGCUGAAAUCUUCUAUUGUCACAGCUUGCAUAUCCAUUUUCAAAUUCAUUAAUUUCUGAAGAGAAAGUUUCUCAUCCAUAAUUAAAUUUUUUCUUAAUGCUGACCUGGUAUCAUUGCUCUUUGUUGAAACUAAUAUUGGUGUAUUCCCUUCCAUUUACCUGAGUUGAAAAGAGCAAUGUGAAAUGCAUUUUAGAAAUAUGAGUUUAGUUUCAGACGAGAGCUUAUAUACAGACUAACUUACCUUAAUUUUUUAAUGUUUUUAUAUACUGAGUGCUGAUCAUAUAGAUAAUGAAUAUAAAUAGCUCAAUUUCUACUGCACUUACAACUUGUAUACUGUAAUAUUUUGCUGAAUGAAUCAGACUAAGCUCAACACAGGUCUGAACCCACAGCAUUACAACAUAUAUAUUUAUAUAGCCACCUCUUCUAAUCCAAUGUUAUCUGUGCUGUACAAUUCGAACUAGGUGCAUUGCAGAGAAGAUGCACAUUCUAGAAGUCAGUUGUUAAUUUUUUCUGCCAGCCACUCUAAUAACUCUAAUAAAUGAUUCUGAUGAGUAAAA